UGUGCAUCAUUUCCACGCAAAGAUGAAGCAUCAAAACGUGGAUGCUACGAUUGCGGAGAUCCGAACAAGGUUCUGGAUUACGAAGCUGAGACGUGUACUACGGAAGACGAUCUCAGCAUGCAACGUGUGCAAGUUGCAUCGGGCGCGGGCUGCGCCGCCAAUAAUGGGACCCCUGCCGAAGGAUCGCCUGGAGGCCAAUGGCUGGCCAUUUAAGAAUACCGGACUGGAUUACUUUGGACCACUAUUGGUAAAGGUAUCGCGGCACACGGAGAAGCGCUGGGUCGCCCUUUUCACGUGCCUGACGACCAGGGCGAUACAUCUGGAGUUGGCACAUGACCUGUCAACUGAUUCCUGUAUAAUUGCGAUACGGAACUUCGUCUGCCGUCGAGGCCCAGUACAUAGACUGCGCAGUGACAACGGCAAGAACUUCAUAGGAGCUGACAGGGAAGCCAGACGAUUUGGCGACGUGUUCGAGUCAGAAAGAAUUCAGAGUGAGCUAUCUGGUCGAGGCAUCGAGUGGGUUUUCAAUUGCCCAGUGAAUCCAUCUGAAGGAGGAGUCUGGGAACGAAUGGUGCAGUGCGUGAAGAAGGUUCUGCGCUACACAUUGAAGGAGAUAGCGCCGAGGGAUCACGUACUGGUGAGUUUUCUGAUCGAAGCAGAGAACAUUGUGAAUGGCUACCACGAGGUGCCGCCAUAAUUUAAGCUUCACUUUUACUGUCGAGAGGUUAAAGCAGGAGGACAUACUGCGAAUAAAACAGAACCAGUGCCAGUACCGGCAAUCAGCCAGCAUAACUGCUAGCGCGGAUUUAAUUGGUGCUAUUAAAGGCAACUCCGCGAGACCAUCGACAAUUGGAUUUGCAUAAAAAAAGAUUUAGCGAAAAAGGUCAAACAAAAAAUACGUAAAAUUCCGUUGAAUAAUUCUGGCUAACUUAGCUCACCCACACAGUUUUAUCCCUUUGAUGAAUAAAUUUUCCA